UAUCCAAUACAUUAUUCAUUCAUCCAGCGGAGUCGCAAUAAGAAUGCAGAGUCUGUUGUUGCUGCUGCUGCUGCUUCUAGCGUUCACCGGGGCUGCGCUCGAAGAUCGAGAGCACUGGAUGAAUGUGGGCCGAGUCCAUCUGAAAAACAUUCUUUCCAAGCAGCAAAACAAGAACCUUGCCAAAAAUAUAAUCAUCUUUGUCGGCGACGGCAUGGGCGUUGCGACGGUGACGGCGGCCAGAAUAUUUAAGGGUCAGCAACAAGGUAUGGUCGGAGCUGAAAAGGGUUCUCUGGUGUGGGAAACGUUUCCAGACGUCGGUCUGGUAAAGACGUACAACGUUGACAAGCAAGUGCCGGACUCGGCGGGAACGGGCACCGCGAUUUUCACGGGGGUCAAGACCAACCUUGGGGUGGUCGGGGUCGACGCCAGGGUGGCCAAGGGCAAAUGCGACGCGACCCAGGUGCGCAAGGCGGAACUCGAGUCCAUUUUCAAGUGGGCGCAGGCGUCGGGCCGGCUCACGGGCUUCGUCACCACGACCCGGGUCACGCACGCCACCCCGUCCUCCACCUACGGACACACUCCGCACCGAGAGUGGGAAUGCAACGCUAAAGUCCCUCCGGAGGCGGCCGACUGUGUCAAGGAUCUUGCAAGGCAACUUGUAGAGGACGAGCCUGGCCGAAAUUUGAGGGUAUACAAUAUGCUGGAACAAAAUGUGUUGAAGUUUUUAAAUUAUUUUCAGGUAAUUUUUGGCGGCGGUUUGUCACCGAUGGGAGUCGUGAAUUACACAGGGCCCGACGAAGAGGUUUGCAAAAGAACUGACGGCAGAAAUUUGGCACAAGAGUGGUUGCUAAAUAAAGAACGUGCAGGUUUGCGUGCGAAAUUUGUUCAAAACUCUGGCGAACUUGCGAGUGUCACUUCUGAAAAUGACGCCGUUAUGGGUUUGUUUGCUACGAAUCACAUGGAUUACGACGCGGAGAGAGAAAAAGGGUCCGAGGGCAGUCCAUCCCUGCUCAACAUGACUGUGACUGCGCUGCGAUUGCUCAAAAAGGGACCAAACGGAUUCGUCCUAAUGGUCGAGGGAGGGCUGAUCGAUCAGGCGCAUCAUCUGAAUUACGCGCGCUUGGCGUUGAUGGAGACCGUUGGAAUGGAGGCGACAGUCGAAGCGGUCCUGGCCAUGACCUCAAGAAAGGACACUUUAGUUAUAGUGACUGCUGAUCACUCGCACACCAUGACAAUCAAUGGAUAUCCAGCACGUGGCAAUGACAUCCUUGGAAUGGCCCACAACAAUCCCAAGAGGCAACCUUUUGAAACAUUGACGUACGCCAAUGGCCCUGCGUAUCACCAGCACCUGAACAACGGCACCGGAGAGAACCUGUGGCUGGACGCGGGACAAAUGUCCAACCGAGGGGACCCGCGCUACAUGCACUUCGCGCCCAUCUGGAUCAAAUCGGAAACGCACGGCGGCGAGGACAUCGCCGUUUACGCAACCGGCCCCUUUUCGCAUCUCUUCAAUGGGGUCCACGAACAGAAUUACAUCGCGCACGCCGCCAGCUGUGCCGGCCACUUUGGACCAAACGCGCAUUUGUGCAAAUCAUCAUCCUCGAGCCACCAGGUGAAGCCUCUUAUUGGACUGGUCACACUGUCUUUCAUGAUCAACGCGUUUCUAGUCAAGUUUCGGUGAUUUUUUUAGUUUGAUUUGAAUAAAGAAAUCUCAUUUAAUUUCAAAUUUUAAUUUGUACGCAUGAGCAUGAAGGAUUCAUUCAUCAUUUUGGUUAUUUUAUAGCAAAAAAAGUCUCAUUUUUUUUUUAUCAAUUUUGUUUAAAUAAAAAUUAAAUUUUAAAAAAAAAUGCGGAAUUAAUAUUAUCGCAAGGAUAAUCACAGCACUGACAAACCGGAUUGGAGACGUUUUAAUUUUAAUUGCUAUAAUAACACCUGCAAUUUAUCUCUGUCUGAAUAUUUGUGAUUCUUGUUGAGAUAAUAAUUAGAGUAAUUGUAAUCAACCCAAAUAAAAAUGUUUUAGUGAUAAUUAUACUCUAAUUAUUAUCUCAAAUAGAAUCACAGCCUGUUUAUGUUGACCUACACCAAUUAAUUAAGUCAUGAUGGAAUUGUGAUUUAGAAAAAUAAGCAAAAUAAAAAAAUAU